UAGUUAUUUCCUCGUCAUAAUUUUGUUUAGAAUAUCCUACCUUCUAGCCAACACUAUCAGCACCCCAAAAUCUUUCAAAACCAAGCAACCAAGUACAAAACCUUCUUUCAUUCACACAUUCUCAGCUUCCUUCAUGCCUCACAAACUCGCCGAUGGCUUCGAAACUCCUCAACCAUUCCACCACCACCACAACCAGAGCCUCGACUUGAACUCGUUUCAAGACUUACCCGAUUCUCAUGCAUGGCCUUAUUCCGAGCCACACGACUACUCCUUAAGCCGUGAAAAAAGUCAUUCUAAAUUGCCACCGGUUAUUGAUUUAAAUGAUCUAGUGAAUGGCCUUAAGCAUGUGGUUCAUGCAUGCAAAACAUGGGGAGCUUUCCAGAUUAUAAACCACGGAGUGUCGAACCGAGUUGUGGACCGCAUGGAGGAUGCGGCGAAGAGCCUCUUCAAUCUUCCUUUCGAACAGAAGCUCAAGGCUCAGCGAUGCGAAGAUGGAGCUGUGGGAUAUGGUCCUAUUCGAAUCUCGUCCCUAUUUCCGAAACGUAUGUGGUCUGAGGGGUUUACCAUUGUUGGUUCUCCCGUUCAACAUGCUCGCAAACUUUGGCCAGAGGAUUACACUGCUUUCUGUGAUGCCACAGAAGAAUACCAGCAGGAAAUGAAAAAAUUAGCUGGAAAGCUUAUGUGGAUAGUGCUGGAGUCACUUGGCAUAACCAAAGAAGAUAUCCAAUGGGCAGGCCCGGAUGGAGAAUUCGGACCCUGUGGAGGUGUCUUGCAGCUGAACUCAUACCCGAUCUGUCCCGACCCGAGUCGUGCCAUAGGCAUAGUGGAUCAUACAGACUCUAGUCUUCUUACCAUUCUCCACCAAACCAACCAGAGUGGCUUGCAAGUGUUCAGGGAGGGGUUCGGGUGGGUCACGGUCCCUCCUGUCCAAGGUGCAUUAGUAGUUAACAUAGGUGACUUGCUCCACAUACUCUCCAAUGGCUCAUACCCUUCUGUGCUCCAUCGCGUUGUCGUGAACCGUGAUCAGCACCGCUUGUCCAUGGCCUAUCUGUUUGGUCCUCCAAAUAAUGCUGAGAUUUCUCCUUUGUCGAAACUGGUGGAUCGUUAUCAUCCUCCUCUUUAUAGGCCAGUGACUUGGACCGAAUAUCUUGGAAUGAAAGCUAAACUCUUUUAUGAGGCCCUUUCAGCUCUUCGCCACUGAGCUCGUUAAUAUUAUGUCAUUAUCUAGUCGUUAGUAUUGACAGACCGUAUCCCGCUCCUUGAUAUUAUAUCAUUAUCUAGUCGUUAGUAUUGACAGACCGUUUCUCAGCAAGAACAAAUUAAUAUAAGACUGCACGUUUUGAUC